AUGCUUGGCCAGCCAGCCGCACAGGCGAUCUCUCAGCUUGGCAUCAGCGUCGAUGCACCCGAUAUGAACGUUGCCGUUUUCACAAAAGCGUCCGGCGUGCUGCUGGUGGCCGGCGUUGGAUCGUACUGCGCCUACAGGAUAUGCACGAAAUAUCUUGGCCAGAAAUUCGUGUGGAUGUUGAUGGACUCGACCCGUUACGAUCAGUUGCCCGGUGCCGAUUUUCGUUUUAUUCAUCCGUCACAAAUUGUCUGUGAAAGCGAUGAUGAAGAGGUACAAGACGAAGAAGAGGAAGGAGAUCGGAAUAGCGAGAGUGAAUUCCUCUCUCGAGUAUCCGAGAGUCGCCCGGCUAGUGAGAUGUCGCUGAGCCGCUUGCAGAAGGUGCGACGAUCCGUCAGAACACACGGUCUUCUCGGUCUACAUCAACCGCGAACCCCGCGAAGUGGUGUGUUGAGAAGAGAAGGCGGAUCGGUCACCGGCAGUACGCACAGUAGGCAAAGAAGAGAUUUCUCGCCAUCAGCCGCUUCGGAUUGCUCGGCCUCAUUGCAGAUUGUUUGGGAGGACAAUGGGCAACAAUGGGAUGACGAAUUUGCACAAAAUGGUGCUCAUCUCCAUUCUUCAUCUUCUCGUUUACGACUUCCCCAAUUUUCUCAUCACGAAAUCCCUCCAAAUGAUCACCUCGAAUCCCAUGGCAGUUACGGAGAUUUGUGUUCCGUUUUUGAUGAUGUCCUUUCAAUGACGACAAGAGAAGAUCAAAUCGAGAUUCAUCUUGGAUGGGCUGAAGGAGAAGAUGGAUAUCGAGAAAACGAAAGAGAUGAUGAAAAAAUAAGGAUGAAAAUUGAUUCUGAAAGUAUCAACGAGGCGUCGAAUCCGGUGCUGAAAAAGUGCAUGACUGACAGCAAGUACAUGUAUCAGAGUGUCACUGUGGGAAGUGAUUUUGACGGAUCCGAAUGUGGAUCGGUGUUGAGUGGACGAAGUCGAAUGAGUCGAAUCAGUCAAACUCGAGGAUUGCAAAGGAAGGCAAAGAAAACGGCAGCGCAUGGUCUCUGGAAUCUUUCCGCAUCAAAAACAAGCAUCAACCAAGAGACAAGUCAUUCAUCAAACGAUCCAAUGACCGAUUCAGGACUGAGCAGUGGAUUGAGAUCAGAUGAGGGAAUUAGUAAUGAUUUAUCGAAAUCGACAAAACUCUUUGAUUCGGCAUUGGGAGCUGAGCUUUUCUCGAGUGAUGAUGAGCAAGUGAACUCACGAUUGAAUGAUGGGAUUAUGAAGAGAAAUCGUAUUGCGGUGAGUGGGAUGAAGGUGAAAUCGCGGGUGAAUUUGGAUGGAUCGAGCAAUCUCUCGGUGGCCAGUUUGGAAUGGUUUGAUGAUGAUGGAAUGAGAGAAAAUUCGAUGCAAGAGGAGAAUCUGUUGCCUGGAACAAGUCGACCAACUCCAACGAGAGUAAUCAUUACGGGACAAGAAUGGGACUUCGACUCGCAGAGCUCGGGAUCAGCGACUUCAAAUACAAGGAGCACAGAAAAUGAGUGGCGAUUGAGAAGAGUACAAACGAGUCGACGACCAACGAAAACAAGGGACACGAUGGUGUUCGCGUGUGAACGAUUACAGCCACACUCUAAAGCUUUUCGGAAAAUUCAAUCCUUGUAUACUCGAGAGGGUUUUCGACGAGUUGGUGAUGGUUGUAAAGGAAGUGAAAACUUUCUUGCCUCAUUUCUCUCAUCAGCAAUCUAUCACGAUUUACCAUCAAUGGCAACACUAACUCAUGAAGAGCUGGAUAGGCGUUACCGAAUGCCUUCCGCUCACGGUGUGAUGAUCGACAGCGAGCAUUUUUUCUUAGUGUUUGGACAC